AUGAGAAUUACAAGUACAUCUUGUAUCUGCCCAGUCCUAGUUUGUCUCUGUUUUGUACAGAGGUGUUAUGGAGCUGCUCACCAUGGCUCCAUCAAGGUGACCAGAAACCAAACCAAACACAUAGAAGGCGAAACAGAAGUGCAUCAUCGUCCAAAGCGUGGAUGGGUGUGGAAUCAGUUCUUUGUUUUAGAAGAACACAUGGGACCAGAUCCUCAGUAUGUAGGAAAGCUGCAUUCCAAUUCUGACAAAGGUGAUGGAUCAGUCAAAUACAUUCUUACUGGAGAAGGGGCAGGGACUAUAUUUAUUAUUGAUGACACAACUGGAGACAUCCAUUCAACCAAAAGCCUAGAUCGAGAGCAGAAGACACACUACGUGCUUCAUGCCCAAGCUAUUGACAGACGGACAAACAAGCCACUCGAGCCCGAAUCUGAGUUCAUUAUCAAAGUGCAGGAUAUCAACGACAAUGCACCAAAAUUUACAGAUGGACCAUACAUUGUUACUGUGCCAGAGAUGUCUGAAAUGGGUACAUCUGUUCUACAGGUGACAGCCACAGAUGCAGAUGACCCCACAUAUGGAAACAGUGCCAGAGUAGUGUACAGUAUUCUUCAGGGACAGCCAUAUUUCUCUGUUGACCCCAAAACAGGAGUCAUCAGGACUGCCUUGCACAAUAUGGACAGGGAAGCCAGAGAGCAUUAUUCCGUUGUCAUUCAAGCCAAAGAUAUGGCUGGGCAGGUCGGAGGGCUGUCAGGGUCAACAACUGUAAAUAUCACACUCACAGAUGUCAACGACAAUCCACCCAGGUUUCCUCAGAAACAUUAUCAACUGUAUGUUCCUGAGUCGGCUCAAGUUGGAUCAGCAGUUGGCAAAAUCAAAGCAAAUGAUGCAGACACUGGUUCAAAUGCAGACAUGAAGUACACGAUUAUAAAUGGUGAUGGCGCUGGGGUAUUCUCCAUAUCUACUGACAAAGAAACCAGGGAAGGAAUUCUCUCUCUGAAGAAGCCACUCAACUAUGAAAAAAAGAAAUCAUAUACACUUAAUAUAGAAGGAGCAAAUACUCACCUGGAUUUUCGUUUUUCGCACUUGGGACCAUUCAAAGAUGUAACGAUGCUGAAGGUCAUCGUUGGUGAUGUGGAUGAACCCCCGCUCUUCACUAUGCCUUCCUAUGUCAUGGAAGUUUAUGAAAAUGCAAAGAUUGGGACUCCUGUUGGCACAGUAACAGCACAUGAUCCUGAUGCUGCAAACAGUUUAGUGAGAUAUUUCAUUGAUCAUAACACAGAAGAAGAUAGGUAUUUCACCAUUGAUGCUAGUACUGGAACCAUUAAGACUGCCAAGAUCUUUGACAGAGAGGAGACACCUUGGUACAACAUCACAGUGGCUGCUUCUGAGAUAGACAAUCCUGAUCUAGUGAGCCAUGUUCCAGUUGGUGUUAGAAUCCUGGAUGUGAAUGACAAUCCUCCCGAGCUUGCCAGAGAUUAUGAUGUAGUCGUCUGUGAAAAUUCAAAGCCUGGUCAGGUAAUUCAGACUAUCGCUGCUACUGACAAAGAUAACUCUGCAAAUGGCGCAAGAUUCCAUUUUUCUAUUGAUGAAGGGCUUUCUUUGAAUCCCAACUUUACUCUAAGGAACAAUGAAGAUAAUACGGCCAGUAUUCUGACAAGACGAAGGAGAUACAGUCGAACCACUCAAGAUGUCUAUUACCUUCCCGUUUUGAUUUCUGAUGGUGGCGUGCCCCCUCUCAGCAGCAGCAGCACCCUCACCAUCCGGGUUUGUGCCUGCGAGAGGGACGGACGAGUGAGAACUUGCCAUGCUGAAGCUUUCCUCUCCUCGGCUGGCUUGAGCACGGGAGCUUUAAUUGCCAUCCUGCUCUGCAUUGUCAUCCUUCUUGUUUUCUCUUUAGCAAUUGUGGUCCUUUUCAUCACCCUAAGACGUAGCAAGAAGGAGCCUUUGAUCAUUUCAGAAGAAGAUGUCCGGGAAAAUGUUGUGACAUACGAUGAUGAGGGAGGUGGAGAGGAAGACACAGAAGCAUUUGACAUCACAGCACUGCGGAAUCCAUCUGCUGCUGAAGAGCUAAAAUACCGGAGGGAUGUUCGGCCUGAAGUGAAGCCUCUGUCCAGGCAUCAUCCCUCCUCCAGCCUUGACAGUAUAGAUGUUCAGGAGUUCCUUAAUCAAAGACUGGCAGAGGCUGAUCUGGACCCCAGUGUGCCCCCAUAUGACUCCCUGCAGACAUAUGCCUAUGAGGGUCAUAGAUCAGAAGCUGGGUCUAUCAGCUCUCUGGAUUCAGCAACGACACACUCUGACCAGGAUUAUAAUUACCUUGGAGACUGGGGACCUGAGUUCAAGAAGCUAGCUGAACUCUAUGGGGAAAUAGAACCAGAAGGAACAACUUAGUUGUAAUUCCCAGAACAGAGAAGUUCCUAAACUACUGGACAGAUAAUGACAGCAAUGGUAACAAAAAAAAAAAAAGUGAAUACAGUACUUGGAACUGAGUAAGUUGUAUGCAGUUACUGUAGAACAAGUGCCCUUUUCAUAUUUGAAACUGGGUUCUCCAAUUGAAAGAAAGUCAAAUUUUGGAAAAUACAGAAAAAAGAAUCUAUUGUCCCUUGUGUAUUUCUUUUUAAUUGCUCAUUAAAGUGUCUGGUACCUUAUCUGCAACAAUACCUAAAGUAAAGCCAAGAAAUGACAUUUUUAUUGCAAUAUGCGUAACAGCUCCAAGCUGCAGUAAGUUUAUGGUCAUGUCUGUUUGAGAAGAGAGCUAAAAAAGGAUCAAAUGUCUUGCAGGUGGUUGUGAUGUUGCAUUUCUAGCUGUGCUCUAGGCCUUGUGAUCCCAACAUGAGGUAGACAAUGACGUUUACUAUCAGUGUGAGAAGUGCUACCAGUCUGUUUCCUUUACAGAGGUGAUAAGCCACACCUGUCCUCUUAAAUAAAUGGUUCUUUGACGAUUUAAUCUUAUUGGCUUAGCAGGUUGCAUUGAGAAGCUGUCAUUUCAUUAUGUCCUUCAUAAUCUUGUCAUCCAUAACCAGCUAACAGAUGGAGGGCAUCAUUAUCUGUAGCUCAAACACAGCUCUAGCCCAUAACCCCAGACCUGCUCUGUUACUGAGUGCUAGAGGAACUGUUGUUUCCAGUAUUGUGCUUUUUCUUUUUGUCUUUUCAUGGGAACAUCAUUCAUCUAAAUGGAAUAGGCCCAAAGUACUCUUUAUGCAGCAAAGCAGAUGAAGCAUAGGUUUUUUCAAUAAAAACAACAAUGGCAGCACCAUUAAACUACA